CUGACUCUCGCGAGAGCCCUACAGGCUAUAAAAGUAGCACUGCAUACUUGCACGCGCUUCGAGAGGCUUCUUCCUGACCUGCUUUUCUGGUGUAGGUGUCUCAGAGCCGCUGAUAGCAAGAUGUCUUCAGGAAAUGCUAAAAUUGGACACCCUGCCCCCAACUUCAAAGCUACAGCUGUUAUGCCAGAUGGUCAGUUCAAAGAUAUCAGCCUCUCUGACUACAGAGGAAAAUAUGUGGUGUUUUUCUUUUAUCCUCUUGACUUUACCUUUGUGUGCCCCACUGAGAUCAUUGCUUUCAGUGAUAGGGCAGAAGAAUUUAAGAAACUCAACUGCCAAGUGAUUGGUGCUUCUGUGGAUUCUCACUUCUGUCACCUGGCAUGGGUCAACACACCCAGGAAACAAGGAGGACUGGGAUCCAUGAACAUUCCCUUGGUGUCAGACCCCAAGCGCACCAUUGCUCAGGACUAUGGGGUCUUAAAGGCUGAUGAAGGCAUCUCAUUCAGGGGCCUCUUCAUCAUUGAUGAAAAAGGUGUCCUUCGCCAGAUCACGGUAAACGACCUUCCUGUUGGCCGCUCUGUGGAUGAGACCCUGAGACUAGUUCAGGCUUUCCAGUUCACUGACAAACAUGGAGAAGUGUGCCCAGCUGGCUGGAAACCUGGCAGUGAUACCAUCAAGCCUGAUGUCCAGAAGAGCAAGGAAUAUUUCUCUAAGCAGAAGUGAGCAGUGGGCCAUUACAUAGGGUCAUGGUGGCAGUAUACAACCAUGAGAACAAAACCUCUCUUUUACUAUUGUCAUGCUUAAAACACAAGAUCUUAGAUUUAGGGCAGAUGUGAUCUGGGACAAAACAGGACCUUCCUGCAGGGUUUGGGGAGGCCAGCCUUUUUCUAGAGGAAAUGACCUGAAGUUAUGAAACAAGCCAACUGACUUGUGCGGUAGUGGGGCAUCACCAUUUUUUGUGUAGUUUUUAUUAAACUUGAACUGAAA